AUGGCUUUGAAUAAAAAGUUGCAGAGCAGCGUCGAAUGCCUGAGAUUGGAAAUUGAGGAGCCCAGCCCAGAUGCGGCUCAUGACCCAGAUUACCAUAUUUAUCUUUGCAGUCUUAGCACCCAGCAGCUAUUCCUUACACCACUUGUCCCACUCUCUAUGCUCUUCCACAAUAAAGAGCCCUUAUUGUCUAAAGUGGGGAUUACAGCUUGCUUCUGUUUUUGUGUGCCCCAGAGUUCCUUAGAUAUCAGCCAGAGCAUUGAAGACGACCCGCUUCUGGAUGCCCACCUUCUCCCACAUCACUCGUUACAAGCUCAUUUUCGACCUAGAUUCCAUCCUCUUCCUACGGUCAUCAUAGCAAAUCUUCUCUUGUUUAUACAUGUUGUGUUUGUUGUUUUAGCAUUUUUAACAGGUGUGCUUUGUUCUUACCCUGAUCCGAAUGAGGACAAGUGCCCAGGAAACUACACCAACCCACUGAAAGUUCAGACGGUCAUAAUCCUUGGAAAAGUUAUUUUGUGGAUUCUGCAUUUACUUCUUGAACGCUACAUUCAGUAUCACCACAGCAAAGUAAGAAACCGAGGCUAUAACCUGAUCUACCGAUCGACAAGGCACCUUAAAAGACUUCCACUAACGAUACACUCCACUGGCAACACAGUGUUGCUUCUCCUGCUGUGCGUGCAGCACUCCUUUCCUGAGCCCGGCAGAUUGUACCUGGACCUCAUUCUGGCCAUCCUGGCCCUGGAGCUGAUCUGUUCCCUGACAUGCCUGCUCAUUUACACAGUGAAAAUCCAGAAAUUUAAUAAAGCCAAACCACAGCCUGAUGUACUUGAAGAAGAAAAAAUCUAUGCUUACCCCAGCAAUAUUACUUCAGAGACUGGAUUCAGGACUAUUUCAAGCCUAGAAGAAAUUGUUGAAAAGCAAGGAGACAUAAUAGUACACCUGAAGCGACACAAUGCGCUGUUGAGUAAGCGACUGUUGACUCUCACUUCUUUGGACCUAGGAUCUCAGCCAAGUAGAAUGUGAGAGGCUCGUAACCAUGACAGCGAUUGCAGAGGAAUCCAGAGUAAUUUAAGACCCACUGACUGCCUGACAAGCUGCCACAGGGAAUUGUAGCUUUUGCUGAGUAACAGUUUUUGUUGGAAACCUGAAUGAGGUUCUCACCUGUGUGGCUGUUUAAUAUACAGGGCUUGUGGAUCAUUCGAAAGGUACUUUGUAGAAGCCUUGAUACCUUGAGAAUGUCUGUUUUGUACAUUUUGAAGUUAUUUAACUGCUUGGUUUAUCCUAGGAUUGAAAGUAUAGUUUAAACUUCUCUGUGGUCUAUACUUUUUCCACAUGACAUUACAACUCUAAUAAUUUGACUAUUGAUAGAGGAGGUCUGACAAGACAAUCUAUUUUAAACAGAGUUUUAAUCAAGUAAGAUUUAUUUUUACUUCUAAGCUGGUGAAAGGAGCCAUUAUUUCUAGUUUUUGAUGUUUUUUCCAGCAGAGCUUCGUCAUGGAUUUUGUAUGCUCUUGUGGUAUGGGAUGAGAGCUUAGGCCAUGUGGCUUUUGUAGAGAAUUUCUUGAGUGUAGGACCAACGUCUCACUGGGGUAUUUACUAUGCAAACUCCUACAGUUUUCUGUUCUUUGGAAAUGAGAUACGAAGAUUGCUUGGAGCAGUGUUAGACUGACCUGUGUCAGACAACGUGCGGCCUGUUAUAUAGGCAGCACCUUUCAUUAGCAAUAGAGAAUUUAGAAAAGAAUUUAAUAAAUUUAGUAAAUUUGCCCUUCAA